UGAAUCUUGCGCCAUGGCUGCUCUUUCUUCUCCUCGCUUUCUUCUCAAAUUCCUCCGUCGCCUCUCCUUCUUCUACGAGUCGUUAUAUUAUUCAAGUGGAAGAGCCGAUGGAGCCGCUGACGGAAGGGAGCCUAAAGAGCUGGCACGAAUCUUUCCUACCACCAGCCGUCGAUGCGUCUGGCGUCGAUCGACGGCUGCUGCACUCCUACAGCGACGUAUUCAGUGGGUUCGCCGCCAUGCUGACAGAGGAAGAGCUGCAGGCGAUGGGGAAGAAGAAUGGCUUCGUGCGUGCGUUCCCCGACCGAGUGUUGCGCUUGAUGACCACCCACACGCCGGAUUUCCUCGGGCUCAAGGUCGGGAGCAAGGGGCUGUGGAAUGAUUCGAAUCUCGGAAGCGGAGUCAUCAUCGGAGUUCUCGACACCGGUGUGACGCCCGGCCACCCUUCCUAUGACGACGAGGGGGUCCCGCCUCCGCCCUCAAAGUGGAAGGGUUCGUGCGACGACCUCAAGACCGGUUGCAACAACAAGCUCAUCGGCGCCAGGUCGAUGAUCGCCGGUGGGGGUGGGAGUCCUCCUAUCGAUGAGGACGGCCAUGGGACCCACACUUCCGCCACCGCCGCUGGUAACUUCGUCCGAAACGCGAGCUUCUUCGGGUUUGCCGAAGGCACGGCCGCCGGAAUGGCCCCUCGGGCUCACCUCGCCAUCUACCAGGUCUGCAGCGGCGAAGGCUGCAAUUCCGCCGAUAUCCUAGCCGGGUUGGAUGCAGCUGUCAAGGACGGCGUCGACAUCCUCUCUCUCUCGCUCAGCGGCCAUUCCACGCCUCUCGACCAAGAUGUCGUCGCCAUCGGUUCGUUUGCGGCGGCCAGGAAGGGUAUCUUCGUCAGCUGCGCUGGCGGCAAUAAUGGACCUGAGUAUUACACCCUCUCCAACGAGGCACCAUGGAUCCUCACCGUGGCGGCCAGCAGCGUCGAUCGAAGCUUCAGGGCCUCCGUGAAGCUUCCCAGUGGGAAGGUGAUCCCCGGAGAGUCUCUCGACCAGCCUAGCAACUUUCCUGAAAGUUCUCUUCCUCUGUACUACUCCAUCGAGUCGCCAUCCUGUGAUAUGGAUCCUCCUGAUGAUAGCCAUAGGGGCAGCAUCUGGGUCUGCGAAAGCGGCAGUCUUGAACGUGUGGCAACGUUCGCCAAGUCCCAUGGCGCUACGGCAUUGAUCUCCAUUUCCUCGAAGACAGAGGGCGCUACCAUCUCGAUCAGGAAGAUGGACUUUCCCGGAGUAGUGCUCACCAUCCAAGAAGGUUCCGACCUCAUAUCGUAUUUGAACUCUACUUCUAACCCCUCCGCGUCGAUCGUCUUCAACGGGACAGUUCUCGGCGUAUCCCCUGCCCCUGUUGUGGCUUACUUCUCCUCCCGGGGGCCAUCUCAAGCAACACCGGGAAUCCUCAAGCCAGACAUCUCCGGCCCUGGCCUUAACAUCUUCGCAGCGUAUAUUCAUUCCAGUGACACUCCGGAUCAGUACUAUAUUAUAUCUGGCACGUCCAUGGCGACGCCUCACCUCAGCGGCGUCGCCGCGCUCUUAAAGGCCGCACAUCCUACUUGGUCGCCGGCAGCUAUCAAGUCGGCGAUCAUCACCAUGGCAAACGCUGACAUCUCUGACGAGUUACUUGAGCCGGCACUCUAUUUCGCCAAGGGUGCAGGACACGUCAACCCUAAUAAAGCUGCCGAUCCCGGUCUUAUUUACGACAUCACCGACGAUGACUACGUCUCCUACAUUUGCGGCAAAUUCGGCGAAGAAGGCGCUAGAAAUAUAGCGCGCGGAGUCGUGGACUGCUCAAAGAGCGUGAUGGAAGAGGAGCUCAACUAUCCGUCGAUUCUACUAUCCCUCAAAGGUGGGGCAACGGCCAAAGUGACCCGGACGAUCACAAACGUCGGACCGGCGAAAUCGAGCUACAUGGUGUCGGUGAGCAUAUCAAAGACCGUCGUGUUGGCUACUGUCACCCCUAAGAUGUUGACGUUCACCGAGCUGAAUGAGCAGAAGUCGUUCACCGUAAGCGCGGAAUGGGGCGUUGACGGACCUCCCACGUCCAGCAAUCAUAUCGUGGAGGGAAAGUUGACUUGGACCUCCGAUGAUGAUAAAUAUGCAGUGACCAGCCCAUUUGUCGUCUCUGCACUACAACAAAAUCGCUCAUAGACAUCAGUGGAACAACAACGGUUUUAGGCUAAAACCGAUGUCUUUGAGUAUUUUACACCGGUUUUUCUAAAAACCGGUGUCUAU